CGAUUGACCACACAGACCCAUUAAAUCGCUUCACAAUGGCUCCAGUCACCAACGGCCGUGCUAUCUUCAACUCCAUUCCCGAAGGUUUCCCUGAACCUGGAAAGACGAUUGUUUACGACGAGUCUCAGAAGAUCGACGUCGACACCGUUCAGCUCAAUGGAGGGUUCCUCAUCAAGGUUCUCUAUCUAUCCGUGGAUCCUUACAUGCGAGGACGCAUGCGUGAUCCAUCGAAGAAGUCUUAUUCACCCGCAUUCACUCUCGGCCAACCUAUGAACGGUCAUGGAGUUGGUGUUGUUGUGCGAUCGGAAUCGUCUAGCGUGAAGGUCGGCGACCAUGUCUAUGGAAUGUUGGAGUUCCAGAACUAUAUCGUCCGACCCAACCUGGAGGGCCUCCGAAUCGUCGAUAACAAGCACAACCUCCCAUUGUCCUACUACAUCGGUGUUUGCGGAAUGCCCGGAAAGACGGCGUACAUGGCAUGGAAGGAGUACUCCCAGGCGAAGAAGGGAGAAACUGCCUUCGUCACCACUGGCGCAGGUCCUGUUGGAUCAUUCGUCAUCCAACUUGCGAAGCUCGAUGGAUUGAAGGUCAUUGGAUCUGCGGGCUCAGAUGAGAAGGUGGAGUUCAUGAAGAGUAUCGGGGCUGACGUCGCCUUCAACUACAAGACCACCAACACCUUGGAGGUCCUCCAGAAGGAGGGACCCAUCGACGUGUACUGGGACAAUGUUGGUGGAGAGACCCUCGACGCUGCUUUGGAAGCCGCGAACAUCAACGCUCGCUUCAUCGAGUGUGGUAUGAUCGCUGGUUAUAACACCGGUGGUCAACCAGUCAAGAACCUUAUGUAUGUCGUUGGAAAGUCCAUCUCGAUGCACGGCUUCAUUGUCUCCCGCCUCGAGCACAAGUACGAAGACAAGUUCUACGAGGAGGUUCCUGCCCUCGUUGCCAAGGGUGACCUCAAGUACCGGGAGCAAGUCUUUGACGGGCUUCAGUCGGUCGGUGACGCCAUCUUGGCUGUUCAGAAGGGUACCAACAAGGCGAAGGCUGUCAUUAAGGUCGCCUCUGACUGA